AUGUUCACAACUCCCGAAAAAACAAGUCUGGUCUACCUAUACGAUUCCGAAAUUCUCAGAAUCGAAGCAUGGGGUCCCAACGCAUUACGCAUUAGAGCCACUCACGAAGCGUCCUUGCCCACAGAGGAUUGGGCGUUGACGGAGCCGCUGCCAGAACAGAAUAAUGUCUCUAUCCAGAUCAACGAUGAUCAAGCCUCCAUAAGGAAUGGCAAAAUUUCUGCAACGGUAUCUCAGUACGGUGUAUUGGCUAUUGCAGACGACACCGGCAAGGUUCUGUUGGAAGAGUAUAGCCGUACGCAUGUCGACAGAAAAGAUCCCAAGUGCAGCUCACUCAACAUCUCAGCCCGCGAAUUCCAGCCGAGGCUUGGCUCGGACUCGUGGCAUUUGAGAGCCAGAUUCGAGGCCGAUGCCGAUGAGCAGAUCUUUGGCAUGGGCCAGUACCAGCAGCCAUGUCUGGAUCUCAAGGGCGUGGACCUGGAGCUGGCUCAGAGAAACUCGCAGGCCUCGAUCCCGUUUGCCGUCUCCUCGCGCGGCUACGGCUUCUUGUGGAACAAUCCUGCCGUCGGCCGAGCAGUGUUUGGCAAAAACGUUACAACUUUUGAGGCGCUCUCGACACGCGUCUUAGACUACUGGGUCGUGGCUGGGGAUACGCCGGCAGAGAUUGUUCGAGCAUACGGCAAAGCAGUCGGUACCGUUCCUGAGAUGCCCGAGUAUGGCCUGGGCUUCUGGCAAUGCAAAUUGAGAUACCAAACCCAGGAAGAGCUGCUCGAAGUGGCUCGAGAACACAAGCGCCGAGGUCUGCCCAUGGACGUGCUCGUGGUCGACUUCUUUCAUUGGCCCAAGGAGGGAGAGUGGAAGUUUGACCCUACAUUCUGGCCCGAUCCCGACUCAAUGAUUAGUGAGCUCAAGUCCCUUGGCAUCGAGCUCAUGGUAUCAGUAUGGCCAACAGUCGAUAGAAGAUCUGAAAACUAUGACGAGAUGCUUGCCAAGGGCUUGCUUGUCCGUCAAGACCGUGGCUGGCGCAUUUCCAUGGACUUUGGCACGGGCAACUGCAUCCAUUUCGACCCAACGAACCCGGCUGCCAGAAAGUACGUGUGGAACAAGGCCAAGGCCAAUUACUACGACAAGGGUGUCCGCAUCUUUUGGCUGGACGAGGCCGAGCCCGAGUACACAGUCUACGACUUUGAUAUUUACAGAUACCAUGCCGGACCCAACCUGAUGAUUGGCAACUCUUACCCCGUCCGGUACUCGCAGGGCUUCUACGAAGGGAUGAAGGAAGCUGGCCAAGACAAGAUUCUCAAUCUUGUUCGAUGCGCCUGGGCCGGCAGCCAGAAGUACGGAGCAUUGCUGUGGUCUGGCGACGUGGCGAGUUCGUGGUCCAGUUUCCGCAGUCAGCUGGCCGCCGGCCUGAACGCAGGACUGGCUGGCAUCUCGUGGUGGACGACAGACAUUGGCGGCUUCCACGGUGGCGAUCCCAAAGACCCGGCCUUCCGCGAGCUCCUUGUGCGCUGGUUCCAAUGGGGGGCUUUCUGUCCAGUCUUCCGUCUCCAUGGCGAUCGAGAGCCCAAGCAGCCCAGACACGGCGAUACUGGCGGCAGCUGGUGUCUUUCCGGGGCUCCCAACGAGGUUUGGUCCUAUGGUGACGAGGUAUACGAAAUCUGCAAGACGUAUCUAGCUCUACGCGAGACCCUUCGCAGCUAUGUUCGGGAAGUCAUGCACGAGGCGCAUGUGCAUGGUGAUCCUGUGAUCCGCCCCGUGUUUUACGAGUUCCCGCGCGACCCCCAGGCUUGGAAGAGCACUGAGGAGUACAUGUUUGGAUCAAAGUACCUUGUCGCUCCCAUUCUCAAGCCUGGACAGCGACAGAGGGAGAUACGAUUGCCCAAUGGCGCAGACUGGAGGAGGCUUUCGAAGCAGGGGAAGCUAGAGGGUGAAGUUCUGAGGGGUGGGGAUGUCGUGACUGUAGACGCCCCACUGGACUAUAUGCCUGUUUUCGAGAGAGCUUGA